UGAUCGUGAGUUCUUUGUAUCACCGUCGAUGCCAUUCACCCCUCUUCAAUGGGCUAGAAUAUUGACUGCAUGAUGCACACAUUACUGUCAAUCUGAACUCGAAUUUACAGAUACUGAGGUAUUUCCUGCUGAAGUAUCACCUUGCUGACUUCAGCAAGCGACUUUAUGAAGGUUGCUGUUCAACAUCUCAUCAAACGUUGGAUUUCGCCGAGGCUUCACACUCGCAUCCGGCUUCGGCGUGCCCACGAGCCUUGGAGUAAUUUGCCACCAGAGUUACUGCUCAUUAUUUUUCGCUAUUUGCUUGCAGACUCUUAUCCGGAGGUCCUUCAAUAUGAAUGUUAUUUCCCCUACUUUGGCUCUCCAUUCCAAUACCUCAAUUACCAGGCCAUAGAUCAUGGCCUACUUGCUUUGCUCAGGGCCAUCAGGGUAUGUCGAGCUUGGAGAUCGAUUGGUGACGAAGUUUUAUACGACCGGCCAUUCCUCUUCUCCCGUCGUCAACUCGCUCUGUUUGCGCGGACAGUCAGAAAGUCACCUGGUCUCGCAGCCCUGGUUCACAGCAUAACUUUCAUGGACGGAGAGGAACCUGAAGAUCUGAAGAGCCUCCUACCCAUCUGGCCUCGACGCCGGAGGUUGGAUGACCCUACGCGAGAGAACGCAAUUAACGUUCUCUCGAGUUGUCCUUCUCUACGGUCGCUGACUAUAGGUUUUCGAAUGACAAGGUCCACCACAGGAAUUCCUGUCGGGACCCCGUUCUUACGGGAAGCACUGAACGGGACUCAUCUUCGGGUGUUGACACUGAAAGGCUCUCUACCAUCGUUUACACCCAGGUCCGCUCCUCCUCAAUUUCUCACGCCCGAUAUCGACCUUCCGUCAUUGGAGAUCCUCAAUCUGGAGCAGGUACACCUCAUGGAGUCAUUAGAGUUGCCCUUCCUGCCGUCACUCCGCGUACUACGAAUCCUGCAAAGUGGCCCUUUUGGUGCAUUCGCCGAGGGGGGAAUUUCUUCAAUACAGCUUCCGGAGGAAUUACUUCCAAAGCUGGAUACUCUGGAGCUCUAUCAGAACAUGUUCCACUUACUUGUACCAAACCAUGUCUUGCGUCGACUCAAGCGGUUUCAUCAUAUUGGCUGGCACGAGUCGAUUCAUUUUCCGGCGUGGAUUAACCACCCCUAUGCUUUCCCUCAUCUUCAUCACAUUGCUUUUGGAAUAUUCUGGUCAUCUCAAGGGGGAGAACCCAUCGGAAUUAACACCAAAUUCUCCGCCCUUCCGGUCAAUGUCCAUGCUGCGACAAUCGUUCUGAGGCAUGGUGUCUCAUCACGCAGCCUCUUAUAUCCUGAAUGGUCCGUCGACACCGACCUUCUACGCAGUGUGACUCGUUGCGUAAGAGAUCCCCAAGGAUCAUGUUGUCUUCAGAAGUUGACACUUAUCUUCAUGGGAUCCUACAUUCAUGACAUAUCUGAUGAACGGUCGUGGACUUUGGUUUCCUGUCCAGAUCUUCAGGCGAAAAUGGAGGAGAUGGAGGCACUUACAGAAGACGUUCGACAAGCUUGCCUUGCACGUGGAAUAGUGUAUCGAGAAUUACAGAACCGUGAGUAUAAUAAUUUCGCCUCACUGCUCUAUGCUAAGCCAUUACUUGUGAAACACAUUAUUUUUAGCCGAAUUCGAUGACUGGGUGACGGAACGAGUCCAGGCAAAUGACCUGGCCUAGUCUUCAAUAACUAUCCUCGUUGGAGCGACGAAAGUGAUGUCUCGUUCAGAGUGACCACUUGUAGUUGGCGAGGAAGUGGGGUAAAACGAGAAGAGGUGCACAACUCCGUUAUCGGAGAGCACUUUUUGAGCUCCCUGCAAAAUACUUGUAGAGAUUUCGGAGACAUCAUUAUAACUUCGUGAGGCCAAGAUGCGACGUUAACCAAGAUGGUUCGCCCAUUUCAGUAGUCGUUCUUAGUCCGUCUCUGGAUUGUAUCUGCUUCUCAUGUACUAUACAUUGGUUACAGAUAUUUGUAAGGCUACGUCUUUUCACUUGGUAGGUUAGUAGAAUUAUGUCGUCAAGGUAGAGGUAGCGGAAUGCCGAGGGAGCCAGCCAAAGACUUCAAUCGAUCCACUAGUUUCGCUACAUCAGCUUUUAUUGGACGAGCCUUCGCCUCUGCAGAAGAAAUAGAACCUGCGCCC